GCGCUUCCCGGAACAGCCCGCGGAGGGCAGCGCGGCGAGCACCCACCCGCGGCCGCAGCUCCCGCGCGGACGUGGCCGCGGGGCCCCGGGCGCGGGCGGCGAUGGCCACGCGCGCCUGACAGGUGCGGAGCAUGUACGGCAAGGCGGGCAAGGGCUGCGCGCCCUCGGACGGCCAAGCGCGGGAGAAGCUCGCGCUUUAUGUCUAUGAGUACCUGCUGCACAUCGGGGCCCAGAAGUCCGCGCAGACCUUUCUGUCUGAGAUCCGCUGGGAGAAGAACAUCACCCUGGGUGAGCCUCCUGGCUUCCUGCACUCCUGGUGGUGCGUCUUCUGGGACCUGUAUUGUGCGGCACCAGACCGCAGAGAAGCCUGUGAACACCCCAGCGAGGCCAGAGUCUUCCAGGACUACAGCACAGCAGCGGCGCCCAGUCCUGUGAUGGGCACCAUGGCCCCGAAUGACGCAAUGGCGGCGGGUCCUAUGGCGCCCGGCUUCUUUCAGCCCUUCAUGUCACCACGGUUCCCAGGGGGCGCCCGGCCAACCUUGAGAAUGCCAGGCCAGACUCCUGUCGGCCUCCCUGGCUCGCAGCCCCUCAUCGCUGGUGCCAUGGACCCCUCCCCCCGUGCACAGGGGCACCCCAGCCUGGGAGGCCCGAUGCAGAGGGUGACACCUCCGAGGGGCAUGGCCAGUGUUGGGGCCCAGGGGUAUGGAGCUGGCAUGCGGCCCCCACCCAGUUCCCUUGCCACCAGCCAGGUCCUGCCGUCCAUGAACAUGGGUCCGGGGGUGCGUGGCCCGUGGGCCAGUCCCAGCAGUAACUCGAUCCCGUACUCUUCCUCAUCUCCAGGCAGCUACACGGGACCCGCAGGAGGCGGCGGUGCCCCCGGAACACCCAUCAUGCCCAGCCCUGGGGACUCCACCAACUCCAGCGAGAACAUGUACACCAUCAUGAACACCGUCGGGCCGGGCGCUGGCAGGGCGAACGUGAGUGGGGGCCGGUGCGCCUCGCCCGACGGGGACCCCGCGGGGGGCGGCCGGCCCGAGCCCCACGCUGCCCUGUGCCCGCAGUUCCCGCUCGGCCCUGAGGGCCCAAUGGCCCCCAUGAAUACGAUGGAGCCGCACCACGUGAACGGAUCCCUGGGCUCGGGUGACGUGGACGGGCUGCCGAAGAGCUCCCCCGGCGCCGUGGGCGGCCUGAGCACCAACCCGGGGACCCCGCGCGACGACGGCGAGAUGGCGGCCGCCGGGACCUUCCUGCACCCGUUCCCGAGCGAAAGCGUAAGCGCCUGCGUCGACUCCCCACCCGCGGCCGCGGCGGGCCGGAGGGGCCUGGCGGGCAGACCCCGGCGGGGCGGCCGCGGGGCCAGAGCAAGACCGUGACCGCGGCGGGCCAGUACUCCCCCCGGCAUGACCAUGAGCGUGUGAUAGCCCUGGCCUGAGCCCAGUGCCCUGCUGGGAAGGUCCCGGGUCACGCCCCUGCCACCCGGACUCCUGGCCAGCCCAGCCUGGACGGCCGGCAGGGCCCCCACGAAGGACUUUCUCACUUUUCUAAACACACACACACACACAGAAACGCAAGGACCUCAGAAAAGUGCGGGCCUUCCGACCUGUGUGCUGUCACAGGGCUGGGGCUGGGGUCGGGGCCACUGCCAAUAAACGCCAUUCAGUUUUGUCUUUUUGGUA